AGCCAAGUUACCCGGACGUAUUGUUAAUAGAUGCUUACGUUGACUGCAGCUGAGCCAGCCGACACUGGAAGUAGAUCCAAGUCCACCAUACGUUGCACAGUCGUAUAUAUAACGUCAGUGACCAUGGACCGCAUAGCAGGAGUCGGCGUCAAGUCCUGUAAACGUCUCAAGCAUUUCGAAAUCAAGCAAGAUGGGUAGCGCAUUGAGCAACAUGUUUCCGCCAAAGGCCAGCUUCACUGAAGCAAAUUUACCUGAUCAGAGCGACAAGGUGUUCAUCGUCACAGGAAGUUCUGGUGGCCUAGGAAAAGAACUUACCAAGAUUCUUUACCAGAAGAACGCCAAGAUUUACAUGGCGUGUCGGUCUGAAGCCAAGACCGCAGCCGUGAUCAAGGAGCUGAAGGAGUUGUAUCCCAAUUCCCAUGGCCACGCCGAGUACCUUCACCUGGAUCUGAAUGACCUGACGACAAUCAAGCAAUCCGCCCAAGAAUUCCUCAGCAAGGAAACUCGGCUUGACGUCCUCUGGAACAACGCCGGCGUCAUGACACCGCCUCCGGGUUCCAAGACUGCGCAGGGCUACGAGCUGCAACUAGGCACCAAUAAUCUCGCUCCAUUCCUGUUUACACAUUUUCUCCGCCCGGUGCUGUCUGGCACGGCCAAGUUUGCACCCAGAGACUCCGUCCGAGUUGUCUGGGUAUCUUCUAGCACGGCGGCCAUGGCACCGAAGCCUCCAAUCGACUUCAGCAAUAUGGAUUAUGCAAAGGAUGAGAGUCAGAUGCAAAAGUACGCGAGAAGCAAGGCUGGUAACGUCUUGCAUGGAACGGAAUUUGCGAGAAGAGUAUCUGGAGAAGGGAUCAUCAGCGUUAGUCUUGACCCCGGAGUUUUCAUGACGGAUUUGCAGCGUACCAUGCCGCUAUGGCAGCGGAUCAUUGUGAAAUUCCUCGCGCAUAAGCCAAUCAAUGGCGCAUACACCGAGCUCUUUGCCGGCUUGAGCCCUACGAUUACGGAGAAGAACAACGGUGGCUGGGUCGUACCCUUUGGUCAACUCGCAGCUGGACGAGAAGAUCUGCGCGACAAGGAGCUAGGCAAGAAGUACUGGGAGUGGACGGAGAAGCAACUCAAGCCAUAUACUUCUUGAAGGAUUGCUGUCACCGUAUCAUGAUUUAUCAUGUUUCUCUUUGUAUCCCUUUCUCGCCCUCUCUAUGUAUAACAACCAGAACAAACCUUUC